UGGAUGUUGCAGGAAAGGAAAGGAAAGGAGAAUCUCGAGCGAGGACAAAGAGGCAGUGUCUGAGUGACUGACAAGCUGAGAUAAGAUCCAUCAGCAUCUGAUGACAGCGACUGCAUGAAUCUUCCCAGUCAAAGGACCCAUUUUCAUGAUAGACAGUGCCUGUGGCUGGAGGCUCUACACUCAGGGUUUGCCUAUGCAGGCCAAAGACUGCCAGUAUUAGCACAGGGCCUGCCUUCACCUGCAGCAGAAUUCCCCAACCCACCAAGGAUUUGAGACUCACCAGGGAUCCUCACCUGGUUUAGCUGGCUGAUUGAAACCAUUCCUGAGAUUGUGGUCCCCGUUACAUGCUGACAGCUUCUGGAAGCCACAGACAGGAUCUCCUUUCCUCCAACUCAGAAGAAGGUGAUGGAGAAGACAGUCAGAAUUCCAGGGGAUGGGGCACUUUCAUUUCAUUCGAAAAAGAAACUAAAUGUGUGAAAUAUGGAAUAUGCUUCAAUGAAUGAGCACACAUAGUUCCCAUCAAUGACCUCCAACAGGGGAGAAACCACUUAAAGGUAUGGAGAGUGGGAAAAGUUUCACUGAUAGUGGAAAACAUAGAACACAUCAGCAGACUCAAAUGGGCAAGAAAAUAUUCCAAAGCAGGGAGUGUGGGAAGAACUUCAGUAUGAGUGGAAAUCUUAGGAAACAUCAACGGAUUCACACAGGUGAAAAACCAGAUAAAUGUUAUGAGUGCGGAAAGCGUUUUAGUGAUAAAAGAAAAAUUAGAUCACAUCAACGGACUCACACAGGGGAAAAACCUUUUAAAUGCUUGGAGUGUGGGAAAAGCUUCUGUCAGAGUGGACACUUAAGAACACAUCACCAGACUCACACGGGGGGGAAACCAUCUGAAUGCAAUGAGUGUGGGAAGAGGUUCAGACACAAUAGUGACCUUAAAUUACACCAGCGAACUCACACAGGUGAAAAACCAUAUAAAUGUAUGGAGUGUGGAAAGAGCUUCCGUCAGAGUGGACACCUCAAUAUACACCAGCGAACUCACACAGGGGAGAAACCAUAUAAAUGUAUGGAGUGUGGGAAGAGCUUCAGUGUGAGUGGACAACUCAAUAAACAUCACCAGACUCACACAGGGGAGAAACCAUUUAAGUGCAUGAAGUGCGGAAAGAGUUUCUGUCAGAAUGGAGAACUUAAAUUACACCAGUGGACUCACACAGGUGAGAAACCAUAUAAAUGUAAGGAAUGUGGAAAGAGCUUUAGUCUCAAUGUAACCCUUAGAAUACACCAACGGACACACACAGGAGACAAACCAUAUGAAUGUACGGAGUGCGGAAAAAUAUUUUGUUUCAAUGCAAGCCUUGGAAGACAUCAACGGACUCACACUGGAGAGAAACCAUAUGAAUGUAUGGAGUGUGGAAAGAACUUCAGUCAGAAAGGACACCUUAGAACACAUCAACGGACUCACACAGGGGAGAAACCAUAUAAAUGUUCAGAGUGUGGAAAGAGCUUCAGUUUCAAUGCAAAACUUAGAAUACACCAACGGACUCACACAGGAGAGAAACCAUAUAAAUGCAUGGAGUGUGGAAAGAGCUUCAGGCAGAGUGGAACCCUUAGACAACAUAAACGGACUCACACCGGGGAGAAACCAUAUGAAUGCAAGGAGUGUGGGACGAGCUUCUGUUUCAAUGCAAGCCUUAGAAUACACCAACGGACUCACACAGGAGAGAAACCAUAUAAAUGUAUGGAGUGCGGAAAGAGAUUCAGUGUCAGUGGACAACUCAAUAAACAUCACCAGACUCACACAGCAGAGAAACCAUUUAAGUGCAUGGAGUACGGAAAAAGUUUUUGUCAGAAUGGAGAACUUAAAUUACACCAGCGGACUCAGACAGGCGAGAAACCAUAUAAAUGUACAGAGUGCGGAAAGAGCUUCAGUUUCAAUGCAGCCCUUAGAAAACACCAACGGAGUCACACAGGAGAGAAACUCUAUGAAUGUAUGGAGUGUGGAAAGAGCUUCAGUCAGAAUGGAGAACUUAAAUUACACCAGCGGACUCACACAAGGGAGAAACCAUAUAAAUGUACGGAAUGUGGAAAGAGCUUUAGUUUCAAUGUAACCCUUGGAAUCCACCAACGGACUCACACUGGAGAGAAACCAUAUGAAUGUAUGGAUUGUGGAAAGAACUUCAGUCAGAAAGGACACCUUAGAACACAUCAACAGACUCACACAGGGGAGAAACCAUAUAAAUGUACGGAGUGUGGAAAGAGCUUCCGUCAGAGUGGACACCUCAAUAUACACCAGCGAACUCACACAGGGGAGAAACCAUAUAAAUGUAUGCAGUGUGGAAAGAGCUUCAGUUUCAAUGCAAAACUUAGAAUACACCAACGGACUCACACAGGAGAGAAACCAUAUAAAUGUACGGAGUGUGGAAAGAGCUUCCGUCAGAGUGGACACCUCAAUAUACACCAGCGAACUCACACAGGGGAGAAACCAUAUAAAUGUUUGCAGUGUGAAAAGAGCUUCAGUUUCAAUGCAAAACUUAGAAUACACCAACGGACUCACACAGGAGAGAAACCAUAUAAAUGCAUGGAUUGUGGAAAGAGCUUCAGGCAGAGUGGAACCCUUAGACAACAUAAACUGACUCACACAGGGGAGAAACCAUAUGCAUGCAAGGAGUGUGGGAAGAGCUUCUGUUUCAAUGCAAGCCUUAGAAUACACCAACGGACUCACACAGGAGAGAAACCAUAUAAAUGUAUGGAGUGCGGAAAGAGCUUCAGGCAGAGUGGACAACUCAAUAUACAUCAAAAGAAUCACACAGGAGAGAAACCAUUUAAGUGCAUGGAGUGCGGAAAGAGUUUCUGUCAGAAUGGAGAACUUAAAUUACACCAGCAGACUCACACAAGGGAGAAACCAUAUAAAUGUACGGAAUGUGGAAAGAGCUUUAGUUUCAAUGUAACCCUUGGAAUCCACCAACGGACUCACACUGGAGAGAAACCAUAUGAAUGUAUGGAUUGUGGAAAGAACUUCAGUCAGAAAGGACACCUUAGAACACAUCAACAGACUCACACAGGGGAGAAACCAUAUAAAUGUACGGAGUGUGGAAAGAGCUUCCGUCAGAGUGGAUACCUCAAUAUACACCAGCGAACUCACACAGGGGAGAAACCAUAUAAAUGUAUGCAGUGUGGAAAGAGCUUCAGUUUCAAUGCAAAACUUAGAAUACACCAACGGACUCACACAGGAGAGAAACCAUAUAAAUGUACGGAGUGUGGAAAGAGCUUCCGUCAGAGUGGACACCUCAAUAUACACCAGCGAACUCACACAGGGGAGAAACCAUAUAAAUGUUUGCAGUGUGAAAAGAGCUUCAGUUUCAAUGCAAAACUUAGAAUACACCAACGGACUCACACAGGAGAGAAACCAUAUAAAUGCAUGGAUUGUGGAAAGAGCUUCAGGCAGAGUGGAACCCUUAGACAACAUAAACUGACUCACACAGGGGAGAAACCAUAUGAAUGCAAGGAGUGUGGGAAGAGCUUCUGUUUCAAUGCAAGCCUUAGAAUACACCAACGGACUCACACAGGAGAGAAACCAUAUAAAUGUAUGGAGUGCGGAAAGAGCUUCAGGCAGAGUGGACAACUCAAUAUACAUCAAAAGAAUCACACAGGAGAGAAACCAUUUAAGUGCAUGGAGUGCGGAAAGAGUUUCUGUCAGAAUGGAGAACUUAAAUUACACCAGCAGACUCACAAAGGCGAGAAACCAUAUAAAUGUACAGAGUUCGGAAAACAUCAGCAGACACACAGGGAAGUAACGUUUUAAAUGUAUGGCAUGAGCUAGGAGCUUCAGUCAGAGUGGAACCCUUGAUUUACAUCAGCAAAUUCACACAAGAGACAAGCAAUAUAAAUAUCAGGUAAUUAGAUUGAGGCUCAGUCCUAGUGGAAGUCCUACAUCAACAGACUCAUGGCCAGGAAGAACUUUAAGAGUUGACACCCUACAUACCAUCAAGAACUCAAGGUUUUUUGCUGCUCCAGAGAAGCGGACACGGGGCAAUGGAUUCAA